AUAGAGACCACUCACCGAAGCCUUUCUCGAGUGCAGCACCGCAAUCAUGGCAGCUGUUGAAGCAACCACCAAGGCUUUGGAGCAGGUCACCGUCUCCAAAACCAAGGAAUUGAAAGGCACAGAAAAGAGAGACACUCUCAUAGCCAUCGAGAAGAAAUACCAAGCACAAUGGCAAAAAGAUGGCGUAUUCCAACAAGAUGCUCCAUCGAUCUCCGAAAUCCCCCUCCACAGCGUCUCUCCCGCUGAGUUGCGGGCCCAACACCCCAAAUUCUUUGGUACCAUGGCGUACCCAUACAUGAACGGCACUCUUCACGCCGGACAUUCCUUCACCGUAUCGAAAAUCGAGUUCACCGCCGGAUUUGCGCGCAUGCAAGGCAAGAGGAGUCUCUUUCCGAUGGGAUUCCAUUGUACGGGUAUGCCGAUCAAGGCCUGUGCGGACAAGCUCAUUAAUGAGGUGAAGCUUUUCGGGAAGAAUUUCGAGCGCUACAAGGAGGAUGAAGAGGAGCCUGAGGUGAAAACGCCUACCCAGAGCGCGCAUCGUGAGGAUGUGACGAAGUUUACGGCGAAGAAGGGCAAGGCUGCCGCAAAGGUCGUGAAGAUGAAGUACCAGUUCCAGAUCAUGCGGGCUUUGGGCAUACCGCUUGAGGAGAUCCAUUUGUUUGCGGACCCAAACCAUUGGUUGGAAUUCUUCCCUCCGCUGUGCCAAAGAGACCUUACGAACUUCGGGGCGAGGAUCGACUGGAGACGGUCUUUCGUGACCACGGAUGCGAACCCCUAUUAUGAUGCGUUUGUCCGCUGGCAAAUGAAUCGUCUCAGAGAAUUGAAAAAGAUCAAGUUCGGCAAGAGAUACACGAUCUAUUCGCCUAAGGACGGUCAGCCAUGUAUGGACCACGAUCGAAGUGAGGGAGAGGCUGUUGGACCCCAAGAAUACACUGCCUUGAAGUUGAAGGUUAAGGAGUGGGCCCCUACCGCUGAAAAGGAGAUCAAGGGCAAAGUGCCUGAGGGUGCCGAUGUCUUCUUCGUGCCUGCAACUCUCAGACCGGAGACCAUGUAUGGACAAACCUGCUGUUUCGUCGGGCCGAAGAUCAAAUACGGCGUGUUCAAGGUCUCCGAAAAGGAAUACUAUGUCAUCACUGACCGAGCUGCGCGGAAUAUGGCAUAUCAGGGUAUCUUCCCUGAGAAUGGCGUCUACGAAAAAGUGGCAGAGAUUCUUGGCUCGGCUUGUGUUGGUACUCUUGUCCACGCUCCCCUCUCAGUUCACAAGGAGGGUGUCAGGAUCCUGCCUAUGGAGUCAGUUCUUCCAACGAAGGGUACGGGAGUUGUCACAUCUGUACCAUCAGACAGUCCAGAUGACUUCGCGACUGUUACAGAUCUCGCAAAGAAGGCCGACUACUACGGAAUCAAGAAGGAAUGGGCGGAGUUGGAGAUUAUCCCUAUUAUCUCAACACCUUCAUAUGGUAACCUUGCCGCACCCUUCUUGGUCAAGAAGCUCAAGAUUGCCUCGCCAAAGGACACCAAGCAACUCGAGGAAGCAAAGGAGCUUGCGUACAAGGAAGGCUUCUACCAAGGAAUAAUGGAAAUUGGUGACUUCAAGGGCGAGAAGGUUGAGGUUGCAAAGCCAAAGGUCAGACAACAGCUGAUUGAUGCCGGAGAGGGAUUUGCAUACUCUGAGCCAGAGCGAAAAGUUACCAGUCGGUCUGGGGAUGACUGCUGCGUGGCCUUGAUGGACCAGUGGUAUCUUGACUACGGAGAGGAAUCCUGGAAAGAAGUCGCGUUAAAACACGUUGAAAAUGCGGACGGAAAAGGCUUGGAGACAUACUCUCAAGAGACGAAGAACGGCUUCGAGGGUGUUCUCAACUGGCUGAACCAAUGGGCUUGUGCUAGAACAUACGGUCUUGGUUCAAAGCUUCCGUGGGAUCCUCAAUUCCUUGUCGAGAGUUUGAGUGACAGUACGAUCUACAUGGCUUAUUACACAAUCGCUCAUUACCUCCACAAAGACAUCUUCGGUAAGACUCCUGGUCUGGCCGGCAUCAAGCCAGAGCAAAUGACAGACGAAGUCUGGGAUUAUGUCUUCGCCCGUCGAGAGCUCAGUGAUGAGAUCAUCUCGGAAACCAAAAUCCCCAAGACAGCCCUCGAAUCUAUGCGCAGAGAAUUCGAAUAUUGGUAUCCAUUGGACCUCCGAGUUUCUGGAAAGGACCUCAUCCCCAACCAUCUCACAUUCUUCCUUUACAUCCAUCUUGCUAUCUUCCCACCAGAGUACUGGCCUAAAGGUGUCCGAACCAAUGGUCACUUGCUGCUAAAUGGUGAGAAGAUGAGUAAAUCAACUGGAAACUUCAUGACCCUCGACGACAUGGUGAAGAAGUACGGCGCCGACGCAUCCAGAAUCGCCUUGGCAGAUGCGGGUGAUGCAGUAGCAGACGCCAACUUUGAAGAAGACGUCGCAGACAACAACAUCCUCCGACUCUUCAACCUCCGGGAAUGGUGUGAAGAGAUGGUUUCCGACAAAGCUGAUCUCCGUUCGGGAGAGAAGAAUGAUUUCCUCGACGCCCUUUUUGAUAACGAAAUGAACGCCAUCGUACGAGAAUGUUAUGACCACUAUGCUGCCACGAACUACAAACUUGCGUUGAAAUCUGCGCUCUACGAUUUCAUUUCCGCGAGAGAUUUCUACCGUGAAUCUUCUGCUGCCGCAGGGGUCAAGAUGCACAAGGACUUGGUAUUGCGGUAUAUUGAAUUGCAAGCCUUGUUGCUUGCCGUUAUUGCACCGCAUUGGUCCGAAUACAUCUGGCUCGAGGUCCUCCAUAAACCAAGCACAAUCCAAAACCAACUCUUCCCCACCGUUCCCGCACCUGUUGCCUCCCUAACCGCAGCACGCGAAUACGUCCGCGCCACUUCAUCCAACGUCACGUCGGCCGAAGCAGCCCAACAAAAGAAGAGCGCAAAGGGCAAAGACAUCGGCUACGAUCUCAAGAAGCCCAAGAAACUCACCAUCUACGCAGCAGCCAAAUUCCCAGCCUGGCAGGAGAAGUAUAUCGACCUGGUCAGAGAGGCCUGGAUACCAGGCAAGGGCACAGAUGACAAGGCACUCAAUGCCAAGGUUGCCAAGAUGGGCGAGAUGAAGAAAGCAAUGCCAUUUGUGCAAGGCCUGAAGAAACGCUUAAUGGCCGGCGAGAAGCCAGAGAUGGUCUUCGAACGCAAGCUCGCAUUCGACGAGAUCGAGGUCCUGAAGAACAUGGUUCCCGGCCUGAAGAAGGCGGCCGGCCUCAGCCAGGUCGAGAUCGUGAAGGUGGAGGAGGGCGGAAAGACAGGCCACGUCGUCGGCGGCGGGCCGGUCGAGAACCUGUCCCACAUUGCCGAGGGUGCCGUGCCGGGGGUACCAACCUUCGCUUUUGAGAACGUGGCGGUCUAACCGCUCGCUCGUGGAUAGUUGGACUUGGCCUACCUAUUGGGGG